CAAAUUUUAUUAAAUAAGCGUUGUAAACAUGAUGAGAAGUUGAAGAAUGAGGUAUCUACUGCUUUGGGACUUUCCUCGGAUCCUGCAAAGCUGGUUUUGGAUGCCAUGGAAGGGUUUUACCCGCCCCAUUUGAGGGAGGGUGAUGUGGAGUUCAAAGAGGUUGUUGUGAAAAGAAGUUGCAAUCUUUUGCUUGAGCAAUUAAUGAAAAUAUCCCCACCAAUCGAACCCCAUGUGAGAAAAGAAGCGACGAAACUUGCCUUUCUUUGGAUGACAAAGAUGACAGUGGAUGGUCAACACAAUUUGGAUGUUUUGGGUUUUUUUUAUCUGUUGGCUGCUUAUGGACUGGCCUCUGCUUUUGAUUCAGAUGAGCUCAUAAGCCGUUUGGUGAUUAUUGCUCGAAAGAAGCAGACUCCUGAAUUCUUGCGUGUCCUUGAUCUAGGAGAUAAAAUUCCUGGUUUUAUUCAAAAUCUUAUCUUAAAGAGACAGCCAAUGGAAGCUAUCAGAUUCAUUUAUGCAUUUGAGAUGGUUAAUCAGUUCCCACCUGGACCUAUCUUGAGGGAUUACUUAAGUGGUUCCAAGAUUGCAGCCAGAAAAAUUAAGAGGAGGAACAAAUCAAUUGAAGGACUGGUUGAGUCUGUAAAGAGAAGAGUAGCUGACCUAAUGGUUGUACUGAAAUGCGUUGAAGAUUACAAGCUUGAAACUGUAUUCUCACCAAAUACCCUCAAGCAACAAAUAAAAGACGUCGAAAGACAACUUUCAAUUAGGAAAACAAAGUUACCAAACCUGGGAAGCAAUUCUACUGAGCCUCAUCUGAGUGAGAACAAACGUUUGGCCCCAAAAGCUGCUGCUUGUGCCUCUGUCCUUGCGUCCAAAUAUGUCUCUGCCACUAUACCUGCUCUCAAUUCCACGAUGGCAGCCUGUACUGCUCCCAUCACAGUCACCUCCCUCGCUCCAACUGUUGCCUACAUUGCUUCCCCAGUCACAGUCACCUCUCCUGCCCCAACUACGUCCGCUAUUGCUAAUCCAGUCGUCCGUAUCAUUGUCACUUCUCCCUCCACAACUGCUGCAGCCGCUGUUACCCCAAUAGCAGUUGCCUCUCCCGCCACUACUUCAUCCAUUACUACCUCAACUACCCGAAGUACUGUUGUCUCCCCCUCCUCAAGCAGUGCAUCACCUUCUGGCUCAAUCCCCAAGACUGAACCACAAUACCAGGGUGGAAAUAAACGCUGUCAAGCGCAGUACCAGGGCAGUGAUAAGCACCCGCACCCUCAAGAACAACACCAGAGUGGAAAUAAGCGCCCUCGGAUUGCUAAAUCAUCUGAGGUUCCUCUAAGAGCACCAUUACUUAAAAACACUAGCAUUGCACACCCGGUGCCUGUCCCUCAUCAGCGAGCAGAAGGUCCUUCUAUAAAUCAAAAUCCAUCUGGCGGACGCUACAAUUGUGCUUGGUUAUCGCCCACUAGACCCACAGCUGAGCUCCCAUUAUAAUUAUGGAUAUCCAUCUUAUCAUCAGAACACGUUUGGAAAACCUGGCUAUGACAGUGCUGCCCCCUCUCAGCGGCCAUAGAUUGUUACGUGAAACUCUUGAUGACAUGGGUCAGGAUAAAGUGGGAGAGGAAUUUCUUAAAAUCAUCUGUGGUCAACAACCAGCUGAGAAACAGUCGAAGCUUGAAGCAGAUUCCUUUUGGUACUCUAGUAGCUUAUAGCUAGCUAACCUUAUUCUAGGAUUUUGAUGCCUUUGCUCAAAGAUUCCAACAUGCUAAGAAGAUUAAACUUUUUGCAGGUGUGGUCCCAGAUAAUGUUAAUAAUUUAUUUUUGCCUUGCACGUUAUUGGUAGCAGCUGUACAGCUAGGUGUAUUCAGUCCGAACUAAUCAGCUGGACAAUAUAGUAUCACUGCAUAUCAGCCUAUGGACCCA